GUUUCUCCUGUCUAAAAUAUAGUAUCGUCGUAAAAGAUUGCCGCGUUUCAACGUUGAGAGACAUGGAAUGGCGAAUGUUUCUCUUGGUUCUCCUAUCGAGCCUCGCUUUAAUACUGUUAAUUUACUUAUUAUAUUACUAUUCGUUCGAGCCAAAAAUAGCAGAAGACAAUAAGAGGAUGGCGGAAGAAUUGCGUGACACGGAUCUGUCCUCGUUGCUGAACGGCUCAAGCAUCAAUAACAUACCGCAGCUAAAUUUAAUCACGACGAACGCCGUCGUCGCCCUCGCAAAUAAAUGUGGCAAGGGCCCUGUCUUCAUCGGUUCUAAGGACGCGACUGAUUCGGAGUGCAUAAAAACGUGCCUCAGCUCAACAGCGAAAGUGCUCAAUGUUCGCGACGACCACACAUUCUAUUACUCAGUUAUUCUGAAGCGAGGGGCCCAUUGCAUUAUUGGUCCAAGACCGGAGUGCAAUAUGAGAAUGACCCGUGCGUUGAUGACGAUAAACUCGGUCACUUGCCGCUCUAGGUUUCCGAGCCUCGUCGGUGGGCCACUGGGAACUCAAGUCGUCGCGUGCAACAACCUCGUGAUAAACGAUCCGAAAAACGUUCUCUGGGACUACAAGUACGACACGCAAUUCGAUCCAGAUCUUACGAUCCUAGAUCACGAAGACGAGAGACUUCCCGACGGUUCCUAUCGAUUUCGGUGCAAGUUCAGGGGCAAAGAUGCAAGAAAUAAUUUCUACGUACAACAUCCGAACAAUCGCUUCCAUCCCUUCAAAAACUAUUGCACCGCGAAUGCUUAUGGAACUCUCGACGAAAUGGGGGCAAUCAUUUCGGAUGAUAAGCGCAGCUUCGUGUGUGACUGCGGCAAUCCCGAACGCACCAGAAUGUACAACAUGUUUCCUAACGAUCCCAAGAGUCAGUGCUCACCCCAUACGUUAAAAGCCGGACCUGCUGAGAAGAAGGACCCGGGACACGAGAUGAAUACAAAACAGAUACUGAGCGUUCCUUACAAGUGUUUUACAACCAAAUCGCCUAUUGAUGACAUCGCUAACUAUAUGCCAUGCCCGCGCGACAAAAUCAAAGGAAAUACAGUCUUACAAAAGGUGGAACUUCAAUUUACCGAAGAUAAAGAUUCUCUGAUCGAACAUCCGUUCUACAACGAUAUGUUACCCGAAAAAUUCGAAUACAUUAGCUUAUUCGGGACAAAAGCAACUAAGCUGACACCCUAUGGCACUAAAUUGAAAUAUAAUUCUAAUGUCUUCUAGCUCCAACCAAAACGAAGUCAUUUCCCUCGAUUAAAAUUUCACACGCCUCGUUUCUACUACGUCUUUACGCAGCAGCAGUAGCACGAUGCCUUGACAUUGUCGGAAUCCUGAAUACGUAAUUUUCCAUCAUUAAAAGAGACCUCGGCAAAAUGGGGUACUUCAAAAAUUGUCGAAAAUAUAUAUAUUUUUUUU